CCCGGCAGAAAGGGCGGAACAAAGGAAGGCCGAAGGGACUGCUGUUUUCCUCGCAGCUGGAGACGGAGCAUGGAUGUGAGUCGCGGCCUGGAGCCUCUGCCGGUAUCCGUGUGGCCGCGGUUGGAGGAACUUCCGGUUUUCCAGUAUAGUCCCGAUCAUGUGCCUGGAGCUGGAGGCAAACCAGACCCAUCUGAGAUCUCCUUCUCGGGGUGCAGCUGUCAUUCUGCUUCCUGCCUGGCUCCAGCAUGUUCUUGUCUUCACUACGGAGAAAAUUAUAAAAACUUAUCCAUGGAGACGGAAGGAAGUGAACUGAGAUUUUCAAAGCCUAUUUUUGAAUGCAACGCUAUGUGCCACUGUGGAGAGAUGUGUCAAAAUAGAGUAGUUCAACGGGGCUUACAGUUCCAGCUGGAAGUAUUCAAGACCACUGAGAAAGGGUGGGGUCUUCGCACCCGGGAAUUCAUACCCAAAGGACGAUUUGUGUGUGAAUAUGCUGGGGAAAUUCUAGGCAUUGAUGAAGCACGUAAAAGGACUCAGUUGCAGACAUCAAGUGAUUCAAAUUACAUUAUAACAAUUAGGGAACACUUGUAUGAUGGGACGACAAUAGAGACUUUCGUAGACCCCACAUAUAUCGGCAAUGUUGGUAGAUUCCUGAACCACUCCUGUGAGCCCAACCUCUUUAUGAUGCCUGUCCGAAUAGAUUCAAUGGUGCCUAAGUUAGCACUUUUUGCUGACCGCGACAUCGGUGCAGGCGAAGAGCUUUCAUACGAUUAUUCUGGAAGGUAUCAUAAUUUUUUUCCCAUAGAAGAGCCAGGCAGCAAACAAGAACAGCAAGUAUUAAAGAAACCUUGCUUUUGUAGAACUAAAUCAUGUACAGGCUUCUUGCCUUUUGACAGUUCUUUAUUCCUCAAAGAUGGUAAGAGAAAGUAAUGUUGAAGGAAAAGUCUGAAGCUGAAAAGAACAGCUGGGUGCUUCUUUUAAAGCUUGCUUGCAGGAAUGUCCAGCAGUGAUAAAAAUCAGCCUUACAUACAGACAUCCCCACACAUGAAAUGCAGAGGUGCUUGUUUGAGUGGCUGAGUGAUUAAUUAUGCAUCGAUGAAAUGUUUUUCCAUCCAGAAUAUCAGUUGUAACAUCAAAUAUGUCAGUAUCAGAUAAGUUGUAAAUAUUGUACCAGAUUGGUUGAAAUCUUGCCCUGAAGAAUGUGCAAGAAGUGAUAAUGGAAUAUCAAGAGACAUUGGGACAAGGGUGAGCUAGUCUUUUUCCUUUCAAGCCAUAUUCACUGCCUUGUGGUGGGUUUGGAUCAUUAAAUCAACCUGUAACAAUUCUCUCAUUGCCAUGGGAUUCUGCUAAGGAGAAGUCAUCCUCGAGUUCUUUUUCUCAGUCCCAGUCUUCAAAUAAUUUCAGGAUUAUGCAACAUCAUACUAGGGCAGGGGUGUCAAAGUCAAGACCUAUGGGCUGGAUCCGGCCCACGGGGUGCUUAGAUCUGGCCUGU